AUGGCGGACGGUAUGAUAGCGGUGGUGAGUCCAGACCAGACAUCAGCAAAAAUAACAGCAAAAAACCCAAAUCCAAACUACGAUCUGGACUCACAGUCUCAAAGUACAGCCUCGGGGAUCAUUACUGACCUCAAAGAAGACAUCCGUCGUCUGAGGGUUGAACUAGAAAUGAAGGACGCUCUCCUGUCCAAGUUCAUGGACGUCUCCUACGCCCAGUCCAAGCGGCUAAGCUGCCUGAGCGCUGCACUCCAGGACACAGCUCCAUGGGAUCCGUCCACCUGCAUAAGCCCUUCUUCAUCUUCAACUCCUAAGCAACGAUCCCUGGAUGAAGCGACUACAGCGGCACAGACUCCACCAGAUUUGGGCUCCACUCUCGAUUUCCCCGCUCUCCGGAGAUACGCCACGGUGAUCCCGGAGGAGGACGGACGCAUCGUGGCAUGCAGCAACCCGGACGAGGCCUCAAGGAUCACCGCGAAAGCUCCACCAUCAGGAUCAGACGAGCGUCCGCGGCUGGAACCCCCCGCGUCCUCGUGGGCUCCAGCAUCUUCCUCCCGCCGUCGGAUCCUGAAGGAAGCCGUCCGCUUCCAUUGUAGCAAGUCUCGGGCCUUGCCGCUGCUGACGGACCACCGGCCGCAAGUUCCUCUCUGUUCCACUAACUCUACUACAGUCAUCCUUGGUCUCCUCAACAUCCGCUCGCUCACCAAUAAAGGCCAGCUGGUCCAGGACAUUAUUGCUGACCGAAAGCUGGACUUUCUAUGCCUCACAGAGACUUGGCAGCAACCUGGGGACUUCACUGCACUCAAUGAGGCAACUCCACCUGGAUUUGUGUACACCAUAUCCAAACUCAAACGUCCACGUAUCAUAUCAUUCCGUAAGAUACAAGCCAUCAACAAUGCUAGUUUUUCAGCCGAUAUCAUCAACCUUCCCAGAGUAAAUCCUGAUGCCACACCUGACGAACUAGUUUUGCAGUAUAACAAUGACUUGCAGUCACUUCUAAAUACUCAUGCACCCCUCAAAACAAGAUCAGUUUCCUUCACCCGCUCUGCACCUUGGUUCACACCUGCACUACGUCAGCUCAAAGCUAAAGGCAGACAACUGGAAAGACUUCAAAAUAAAACUGGACUCAUAAUUCAUAAGGACAUGUACAAAAACCACAUUAUCCUCUAUAAAGAUUUUAUAGCUUCUGCUAAAACUUCCUAUUACUCUGGCCUGAUUCACUCAAACCGACAUAGCUCUAGGACCCUCUACUCACUUCUAUCUAAUAUAACAAAACCCCCUGAUUCUCUCCCUAAUCAUCUCUCCUCACCUGACUUUUGUAACGCAUUAAUGUCCUUCUUUGUUUCUAAGAUCUCUACAAUUCAUCAACAGCUCACAAGCCAAGCUGCAGUCUCUGGAGUGGACACCUUCACUCCUCCCUCGGUUCUAACAACCUUUUCAAGAUUUUCACUUCCUUCUGUACAAACCAUUUCUGACCUUAUUACAAACUCUAAACCUUCCACCUGCCAACUGGAUCCCAUUCCUACAUCUCUCGUUAAAUCCUGUCUCCUUUCUCUUCUGCCAUCAAUUACCAACAUUAUUCACUCCUCUCUCAUGUCUGGUAUUGUUCCACAUUCUCUAAAAGUCGCCUCUAUAACUCCAGUUUUGAAAAAACCUGGUCUUGACCCAAAUAACUUUAAUAAUCUUCGUCCAAUCUCCAAUUUACCUUUUAUUUCCAAAAUCCUUGAAAAAACUGUUGCUCUUCAGCUCCGUGCUCAUCUUUCCAGUAACAACAUCUACGAACACUUUCAAUCUGGUUUCCGCCCACUCCAUAGUACAGAAACAGCUCUUUUAAAAAUCACAAACGACCUCCUCUUAGCUUCGGACUCCGGUUCACUGUCCAUUCUAAUUCUCCUUGAUUUAACUGCUGCUUUUGACACCAUUUCCCACAAUAUUCUUAUUCACAGACUUCAAACUAUUGGUAUUUCUCACACCCCUCUGUCCUGGUUUUCUUCAUACUUAUCAGACCGUAGUCAAUUUAUCCACAUUAAACCUCAUAUGUCAAACACCUUCACACUGUCUGCUGGUAUUCCCCAGGGCUCAGUCCUAGGUCCCCUUCUCUUCAUCAUUUACAUCCUCCGUCUUGGUUCUCUCUUCCAUAAACACAACAUUAAUUUCCAUUGCUAUGCGGACGACACCCAGCUCUACAUUUCUACGAAACCCUCCUCAUCACUUCCUCCUUCCUCCCUUACCCUCUGUCUGCAAGAAAUCCAUUCCUGGUUCUCUUCAAAUUUUCUGCAACUCAACAGUUCCAAAACUGAAGUCCUCCUUGUAGGCACUCCAUCCACUAUUUCCAAAUCCAAUAGCUUCUCCAUCUCUGUCAAUGACUUCUCUGUUCUUCCCUCCCCCCAGGUAAAGAGUCUGGGUGUCAUCCUCGACAGCUCACUUUCGUUCCAAUCUCAUAUUAAUAACAUCACCUGUUCUGCUUACUUUCAUCUUCGCAAUAUAUCUCGUCUCCGCCCUUCUCUCACACCUCAUACAACUGCUGUACUUGUUCAUAGUCUUGUCACUUCUCGGAUCGAUUACUGUAAUUCCCUCCUGUUUGGUUUGCCCAAUAAAACACUCAAAAAAUUGCAGCUUCUCCAAAACUCUGCAGCCCGCAUCAUCACCAGGACCCCGUUAUCCCACCACAUCACACCAGUUCUCCAAAACUUACACUGGCUUCCCAUAAAACAAAGGGUUAGUUUCAAGAUUCUCCUCAUCACCUUCAAAGCACUCCAUAACCUGGCUCCCCCCUACAUUUCUGAUCUUCUUCACAUUUCCAUUCCCUCCCAAUCUCUCCGUUCCACUUCCUCUCUCCAACUCCAUGUCCCACCUGCCCGUCUUGUCACCAUGGGGGGCAGAGCUUUCAGUCGCUCUGCCCCUCAGCUAUGGAAUUCUCUUCCUCCAGAUUUACGGAACACCGACACACUGCCACUAUUCAAAUCCAAACUCAAGACCCAUCUCUUCAAACAAUCAUACAGUUAAUCCAUUCAGUUAACGCAACCUCAUUUGUUUGUUUGUCUGUUUUUCUAUCCUAUAAUUUUUUAUGUAUCUAUCUUAAAUGUUUUUUUAUUUUUUUUA